AUGGCGGCGGAAGCUACAGGCGAGGGCCUGCGUGGGGAUGUGCAGCGGCUGCUGGUCCAGUUUCAAGAUGAGGGCGGGCAGCUGCUGGGCUCGCCCUUCGACGUGCCCGUGGACAUUACCCCGGACAAGCUCCAGCUCGUCUGUAAUGCGCUGCUGGGCAAGGAAGAUCCACUCCCCUUGGCCUUUUACAUCCACGAUGCGGAAAUCGUCGCUUCUCUGGAGAAGACGCUGGAGUCGCAGCCGGUGGAAACUGAGAAGGUCCUUGAGAUCAUUUACCAGCCGCAGGCGGUGUUCCGGGUGCGAGCCGUGGCCCGCUGCACCAGCUCCCUGGAGGGCCACUCCGAGGCCGUCAUCUCUGUGGCCUUCAGCCCCACCGGAAAGUACCUGGCCAGCGGCUCCGGGGACACCACCGUGCGCUUCUGGGACCUCUCCACGGAGACGCCGCACUUCACGUCCAGAGGUCACAGACACUGGGUCCUCAGCAUUGCCUGGUCCCCGGAUGGCAAGAAGCUGGCCUCGGGCUGUAAGAACGGCCAGAUUCUCCUGUGGGACCCAAACAGCGGGCAGCAGCUGGGCAGGGGCCUCGCCGGACACAGCAAGUGGAUCACAGGGCUGAGCUGGGAGCCCCUACACAUGAACCCCGAGUGCCGCUACGUGGCCAGCAGCUCCAAGGACGGCAGCGUCCGGAUCUGGGACACGUCGGUGGGCCGCUGCGACCGCAUCCUCACUGGACACACUCAGUCCGUCACCUGCGUCAGAUGGGGAGGGGACGGCCUGCUCUACUCGGCCUCCCAGGACCGGACCAUCAAAGUGUGGAGGCCCCACGACGGGGUGCUCUGCAGGACCCUCCAGGGCCACGCUCACUGGGUGAACACCAUGGCCCUCAGCACCGAUUACGUCCUCCGAACGGGGGCCUUCGAGCCGGCGGAGGCCUCCAUCAAUGCCCAGGAUGUCCGGGGCUCCCUGCAGGAGCUGAAGCAGAGAGCGCUGGGCCGGUACAACCAGAUUAGGGGGUUGGGGCCAGAGAGGCUGGUCUCGGGAUCUGAUGACUUCACGCUGUUCCUGUGGUCGCCCGCAGAGGACAAGAAGCCCCUCCAGCGGAUGACGGGACAUCAGGCCCUCAUCAACGAGGUGCUCUUCUCCCCGGAUGCUCGGAUCAUCGCCAGCGCCUCCUUUGACAAGUCGGUCAAAUUGUGGGACGGCAAGACGGGCAAGUACCUGGCCUCCCUCCGAGGCCACGUGGCAGCCGUGUACCAGAUCGCCUGGUCCGCAGACAGCCGGCUCCUGGUGAGCGGGAGCAGCGACAGCACCCUCAAGGUGUGGGAUGUGAAGACUCGGAAGCUGGCCGUAGACCUCCCUGGUCAUGCUGAUGAGGUGUUUGCUGUAGACUGGAGUCCUGAUGGUCAGCGGGUAGCAAGCGGUGGGAAGGACAAAUGUCUCCGCAUAUGGAGGAGGUGAAAUCUAGGGAGCCUUCCCGCUCCUCCCCCUCACCUUGCAAAUCCACAGCUCCAUUUCCACCACCGCUGCUGUCGGGGUGUGGGACGGGCUUUCUGCCGUCACUCGUGGCCCUGGGACCCCCCUCGGAGACAGACGGAUGAUGCAGAUGGAGAAGGACGCAGCCGGCGAGUGACGGGGCUCUGAAUGGCCUUGGACCCCCCUCGGCCCCCCACACUGCUGGAGCUGGAGACCAGGAAGGCCUCCGCGCUGCCGGCUGUUUUCCCUUCCUAAAUGUCGGCUGCCUACAGCGCAGGACGCCUCUAUUUUUGCCAAAUAAAUUA